AUGGAUGAAGCGCAUUGCAUCGGUAGACAGCGUGCCAUUCGAUUAUUUCCAUCGCUGUUGGUAUUUAUUGCGUUACUUGUAUCCAUACCAACUGUUGUUGGAUUUCAGCUUUUUCCUCCGGAGCCGAAACUUACCCAAACGAGAAAACCGGGAGUUGUUCCGACGUUUGUCGAGAGAAGCUCCUUUCUCGCCGGCUCGUCCACCGAUCCAUCCGAUAUUCCGUCUGUAUCGACUACAAGCCGAGAAGCGACAUUGAUAAUGAAUCUGACGACGAUUGUCGGUGAGACGACGUCGAUCCUCGUUUCGGGCGUCUUUUUUGUCGUCUUGGCUUGGCAGCGCGACGCUAUUAUGGUUUCAUUUUUUGUGGGUUCCAUUUCAAACAGCGUCCUUUCCAAAGUUCUCAAAAAAAUUAUCAAUCAAACACGACCCCCCGAACUUAGCACAAAGGAAAUGAAAUUAAAGCCGAGUGAUGGUGGGAUGCCCAGUUCGCACGCUAUGAGCUUAGGCUUCAUCGGAAUGUUUACUGGUCUCUAUUUAUCAUCGUGGAUUACGUCCUUAAGCCUCGGGCUUUACGUAAUUAUAAGUUUGGCCUACCGUAUACAAGCGUCCUUGCAUACGUGGCAACAGAUCACUGUGGGUUCAUUGUUGGGUUCCACCAAUGGUUUCUUGUGGUGGCAUUUGUGUACCGGAGAAAAUCCAUGGAAGGUAAACUUGGUCGAAUGGGCUUUGGCAUCGGGGAAAGAAUACGGUAUAUUUGACGCCAAUGGUGUACUAUCAUGGCCCUUUCUUGUUGUUCCUGUAAUUUUGGGAGUUCUUGUUGUCGGGUCGGUCGAGCGGCGAAUUGAUGGCUUUCUCGAAAGCAUAAAAAAAGAGAGAUAA